GUUUUUACACCCUAUAAAAAAAAGAAGCUCUUGGAAUAUUUUUUUAUUUCUUUUUAGCCUUUAUUUUUUUUCAUAAACGCGUUUUUUAUAGAUCAAAAUGGCCUUGCGUGUACCCAAAAGCACCCUUCCUCAACUCUUUAAGGAUGGUUACAAAUUUUCUCAAGGUGUAGAAGAAGCUGUUCUUCGUAACAUUGACGCUACUCAUGAACUUUCCGAAGUUGUCAGAACCUCCAUGGGACCCAAUGGUCGUAACAAGAUGAUUAUUAACCAUCUCGAAAAACUUUUCGUUACUAACGAUGCCGCUACUAUUAUUCGUGAACUUGAUGUUGUUCAUCCUGCUGCCAAACUUAUGGUGAUGGCUUCCCAACAACAAGAGAGUGAAUUAGGUGAUAACACCAACUUGGUCAUUGUCUUUGCUGGUGAACUUUUGCAAAAGGCUGCUGAUCUUUUAAAGCUUGGUCUUCAUCCUUCUGAAGUAGUCCAAGGUUACGAAUUAGCUAGAGAUCGUGCCUUGGCCCUUCUUGAAGAAUUAUCUGUCAACAAGAUUGAAUCCAUGACUGAUCGUACUGAACUUUUAAAGACCAUUAAGGCCACGAUUUCUUCAAAGCAAUAUGGUUAUGAGGAAUUUUUGGGAGAUUUGGUUGUUGAAGCUGCCUUGAACAUUAUGCCCAAGAAUCCCAAGGAUUUCAAUGUGGACAAUGUGCGUGUUGUGAAAGUGAUGGGUUCCAGUAUUCAUGAAUCGCGUGUAGUUCGUGGUAUGGUAUUUGGUCGUGAACCCGAAGGUUUGAUCCAAAACGUGAAGCAUGCUAAAAUUGCCGUCUUUACCUGUCCCUUGGACAUUACACAAACCGAGACCAAGGGAACCGUCUUGAUCCAUAACGCCCAAGAAAUGUUGAACUUUAGCAAAGAUGAAGAGAAGCAAGUCGAAAAGAUCUUCCAAGAUCUCGCUGAAGCUGGUGUCAAGGUUGUUGUUACCGGUAACGGUAUUGGUGAGCUCGCACUUCAUUACUUGAACAGAUACAAUAUCAUGGCUGUCAAGGUGCUUUCCAAGUUUGAUUUACGUCGUCUCUGUCGUGUGAUUGGAGCUACUGCUUUAGCUCGUUUAGGUACACCCAUGGCUGAAGAGAUGGGUGAAUGUGAUAUUGUUGAGACUGUUGAGAUUGGUUCUGAUCGUGUUACUGUCUUCCGUCAAGAAGAAUCCUCCAACCGUACAACCACCAUUGUGAUUCGUGGUGCUACACAAAACCAUAUGGAUGAUAUUGAGCGUGCUAUUGAUGAUGGUGUGAAUGUCAUUAAGGCUGCUACUCGUGAUAACCGUCUUUUGGCUGGUGCUGGUGCUGUUGAGAUGGAAUUAAGUAAGCGUCUUCAAUUGGUUGCUGCCAAGACACCUGGUUUGAACCAACAUGCCAUUAAGAAGUUUGCUGAAGCUCUUGAGAUUGUUCCUCGUACUCUCUGUGAAAACGCCGGUUUAGAAGCUACCGCUGUUAUCUCUCGUUUGUAUGCUGCUCAUUAUCAAGAAGGCGAUGCUGGAUUAUGUGUUGGUAUUGAUGUUGAGAAUGAGGUGGAUGGUACUUUGGAUGCUGCCAAGGCAAAUAUCUUUGAUUCUCUUGCCUCCAAGUACAGUGCAUAUAAAUUAGCUGCCGACGCAGCGAUAACUAUUCUUCGUGUUGAUCAAAUCAUCAUGUCCAAGCCUGCUGGUGGCCCCAAGCCUCUCAAGAAGGAAGGUCAUUGGGAUGAGGAAGAUUAAACACAAUAUAGUCUUGUAUAAAAAAAAAAAUUAAAAUAAACCUCUUCUUUUUUUGUUCUUGUAU